UAGAGACCUUGACACUUCUUCACAAUCAUUUUCUCCAUGAUAUAGAUUUCAUCUCCUGAUAUUUGUCGGUUAUUUUGCGUCCAUCUUUGGUGUCAUGGAGAAUUGAAUUUCGAAGCAUUUCUAGCGGCUUCAACAUUUGAGAGCUUGGAGGAUUCCUACCACAACAGAACUUUAGAAUCCACUCGUCACCAUGCCUGAGAAGGUUCUUAUUAAAUUCUGUGAUGAUGUCGGUGAGGGUUCUAAUAUUAUGAAACCGACGAGAUCUUCUAAUGUGGAAUCAACUAAAUACAACCAGACAAGGUCGGAAUCGCAAUCCCAUUCUGCGAAAUCCGCAGGCACGAAACGUCUAAGAGAUGGAAGUCCCAAAUUGAAUCCGAAAAGAAAGAAAUUAGUGGCUGUAUCGGAGAAGUUGGAAGGUGCAAGCAGUGCAAAAUUGACAAAGUUCCAUUAUGCGGAAGAGGUAGAAGCGCCCCGGAAGGAGGGGGAAACAAGAGUAGCGGUUCCUGAGGCGACGGGAAAAAGAAUCAAUGGCGCCAAUGGAGUCAAAUCUCAUGAAGAUAUAAGGGAGGGACAACGAGGAUCAAAUCCCCAAUCUGGUGGUGGGUUUAACGGUGCCAAAAAUGCACUUCCGGACAGGCAUUUACAGAGAACGGCCAGGGAACUCGAACCAUUUCGCAAAUCUCUUCCAGUAUACAAGAAACUGGUUGAUCUUAAAACCCAUUUGCGCACCAAGGAUGUUCUUCUCUUGACCGCAGAGACAGGUUCUGGUAAAAGUACUCAAUUGCCCCAAUUUAUACACGAUGAGCCUUGGUGCAAGAAGCAGAAGGUAAAGAUCAAGAACGUGGCAGGUCAAGAGGAGGAAAUUUCAGUUGGCGGGGUUAUUGCUAUCACUCAACCUCGUCGUGUCGCUGCCAUUACUUUAGCCCGUCGUGUUGCUGCCGAAAUGGGAUCUGCCCUCGGACAUCAACGUACCAAUACUCCUGGGAAGGUUGGUUAUUCCGUCCGUUUUGAUACCAACACACCUGUUGGAAUGAAGAUCAAAUUUAUCACCGAGGGUACUCUGCUUCAAGAAAUGGUUCACGACCCAAACCUCAGAAAAUACAGUGCUGUCAUUAUCGAUGAAAUUCACGAGAGAGGGGUUGAUGUGGAUCUUAUCGCUGGAUUUCUUCGACAAAUAGUUCACGGGGAUCGAAAAGGCCGUGGUGGCAUUCCACUGAAAGUGAUCAUUAUGAGUGCAACCCUUGAUUUGGGGGGAUACGAGGCUUUUUUUGCAAAACCUGAAUCACAUCCCACUUAUCAUUCGGGGAAUAACUAUGGCUCGAUAUUUACACCGCACCUUCUGAAUAAUGAGAGGGCCGUUGAAGCCGCCAAACCGAUGCUUGCUGUGAAGUCUGGAAAGGCAGAAGUUGUUGAACCGGAAGAAAUAAAAGAAUAUGAAGGAUUAGACACUGGCGUCGCCAUUGAGGAAGUCAAAGGUAGAAAAUUUAAGGUUGAGCUAUACUACGAUAAACCAGCCGACCCUAGUAACUAUCAAGAGACUAUGUUUAAGAGGAUUGCAAGUAUACAUGUCACGGAGCCUCUUCCUGGAGACAUAUUGGUCUUUCUAGUUGGCCAAGAAGAGAUUGAAUAUAUGCAAACAAGGCUUGAGGCACUUGGCGAAUCACUGAGCAAAGAAGUACCAAAAAUCAAGGUCAUUCCGUUAUAUGGUGCUCUUCCACCAGAUGCUCAACAAUUAGCAUUCGAUUCAGUUAAGGAGCCUAGAACAAGGAAAAUUGUACUAGCUACCAAUAUAGCAGAAACGUCGGUCACAGUUCCUGGUGUGCGUUAUGUAGUUGAUAGCGGUAAGGCCAAGGUUAAGAAAUACCGCACAAAGUUGGGAAUGGAAUCUUUGCUCGUCGUACCAAUCUCUAAACAGUCUGCCCUGCAAAGAAUGGGUCGUGCUGGUCGUGAGGCACCUGGUAAAUGUUGGAGAGCAUAUGGUAAGGACGAAUAUGAAUCUUGGCUUCAAGAUGAAAUUCCUGAAAUUCUUCGUUGCGAUGUGCUCGAGGCAGUUCUUAAGAUGAAAGCUCGCGGAGUUCAAGAUGUUAUUAACUUUCCGCUCAUGGAUGCUCCAGACGUGGAAGCAAUGAAACAUGCUAUAUUCCAACUCAACGCCAUGGGAGCGCUUGACGAUGAGGGCAAUUUAACCGUCCACGGCAAAAAAAUGGCUAGUUUUCCUCUUCCUGCUGCCUACGGUCGAGCUCUCAUCGCCUCUUCGUCUCCUGAAUUCAACUGCGUUCUCGACGCCAUUGACGUUAUCUCCCUUUUGACAGCCGAUUCCGAAAUUUUCAUCCAGCCGAAAUCUCAAGAACAAGAAGAGGAGGUUAACGCCAACCGCGCCGAUAUUGUUCGUCGAGAGGGCGAUCUCCUCACUUAUUUAACAACCAUGCAACGCUACGCCUCCGAAAAUACCAAUCGUUUCCAAUGGUGCAAAUCCCGCAAUGUCAGCGCACGAGCCAUGAAAUCUGCGAUGCUGAAUCGUAAACAGCUGCGCCAACUUUCGGUAACCCAUGGUCUUAUCGACGCACUUCCACCACCAGAUCCUCAACCGUUUGAACCCGCCACCCCUGAAAGGGCCGAAUGUUUGAUCAGAGCAUUUCUGAGGUCGUUUGGAGAUAGAACGGCGACGUUGGCCCCGGACGGAACUUAUGUAACGACGAAGGGGAAGAAUGCGGUGGUUAUACAUCCGCAGAGUGUGCUCUGGGGAAGGAAAAUGGAGGCGAUUAUGUUCUUGGAAAAUGUUUUCAGUACGCGUAAUUGGGCAAAGAAGGUUAGUGCUGUGCAGGCGGAUUGGGUGGUAGAGGCAUUAGGGGGGUGGAUGUGACGAAAGGGCAUGUGUGUGGACUCGAAUGGUGAUAGAUGAUAAGAAGGUUUGAGUGCAUGGAUAGAUACCCAACAGACUUAAGAGCUGUAAUGAGAGCCUGAUAUAUAUAGCCAAUGGGGUUUAUCUGAUCUUUGGGAUAAAUACUUAUGAAACCAAUGCUAAUCAUAUUUAAAACGCAAUCUGGAAUCACGGAUAAUCCUAAUUCAUUUUUGGUCUCAUUGCCAUUUACUCCUUCAAAUUUCACAUCUUUGGGUUCUGAGUACCAUUCAUGUGAUGUCGAGUCUGGCUUGCGAUUGCAAUUUCAUAUUUUUACAUCUUUCGCUCUCUCUUCAAUCUACCCUCGAGUUUUUAGGAAGUUGUCCGUUGGGCAAGGGGGAUGGAGUGUAUGUGUUAAGGGUGUGUCCUGUCAGUGGAUGGAAUUCUGGUUGAAAACCGAAUAA